CAAGAGGACAAAAGUAGGAGUAUACGCAUCGUAUCCAGCUAUUCAAAUACGUGCUGUAAGCUGCACCCGAUCGAUGCUUCGAUGAACUACGUCAUCGAUUUCCAACACUGGUGACGGGAACAUUCAUGCUCAGCUUUGGGCAAUCUUUCUUGCAGCCGCCACCAAACCUUCGACACUCCCCAAAUUCCCAACCAGCAUGCACGAGAGAUGCCAUUGAAGGCAGCGUCGGUCUCGAACAAGGUUGUUCGCAGCCGCAAAAGAAAGGCGCAGGACGUAGAUGCCGUGCUAGAGAGCGAUGGCCCGGAUGAUGUGAACGUAGCAGCCACCGAAAGUACCACCACCACACACGUCCCCACAAAGACUCACGAUGGAGGCCAGAAGCCAAGAAGGUCGACAAAAGCAAAGAAGCCUGCUCUGAUCCGCCAUGCUUCGUCGACAUUGGUUGAGACGACGGUACCAUGGCCCGAACACUUCUCGAAGUUACAGCAGGUGCAUCGCGCACUCAAUCUCGUAUACACCUUCUGUUGCACGCGCAAACAGCUAGCGACCACUCUCGAUAACCUCAAAGCGACCGUCGAGGGGCACAUUAAGCGCGAAUUGCGUAUCGCAGAUGUGGCGCAGAUUACGGCGUUGAUCCCAAAAGCUAUCAACUUUGCAUACGUUGACGAAGCUAUGCUUCAGAUCAAUCUUAUGGGACAAGAGGACAAUAUGAAGAGCCGAAGAGCGCAGGAUUUCCUCAUCAUGCAGCCCGAGCCAGACAAGGGCGAGCACAAGGAGGUCUUGCUGUUCGAAUUCGUCGACGGAGAUCUGAAGCGACAGGUGCAGCAUGCAAAGACUGGUGAACCUAUUAGAGCGACUCAAAAGUUGCGCCAUGAAGAACUGAAGAUGCCUGUCUUUAGCCAAAAGCAGAUGAUGAACCUAAUCGAAAAGAGAAACGUCAAGUUCACCUCGGCUGUCAAUGCUUUCCUGAACAAGUGUGUGGAGGAGAGCUGCGAUGCAGUGGAGAAGAUCGAAGAGUCUGCCAUGGCAUUCUUACCAAAGCCCUCGGAACAUCAGGACUCAACCCCAGGGCCCCAAACGUCGAAACUGCCAGCGUUCAUACCGACAGAGCGCAAAACCAUACCGGAGAUAGUGGACGAAAUCAAGAGUCUCGACUGGUAUUCUGGACAGAUCGUUCCCGACGGCCAUCGAGUAUUCGACCCACAGCCUCCCAUCUAUGGCGACCUUGACUUUGCCAUGUCUCAGAACCUUGUCAAUGCACUAUAUAACAGAAGCAACAUCACACAGCUGUACGCACACCAAGCGGAAGCUAUCAACAAUCUCUAUGAGGGGAACAACGUGAUCGUGUCUACGUCGACGAGCUCAGGGAAGUCGCUGAUAUACCAAAUACCUGUUUUGCAUCAGUUGGAACAAGAACCAGAGACACGAGCAAUGUACAUUUUCCCCACGAAAGCGUUAGCACAAGACCAGAGAAAGAGCAUGAAGGAGCUCCUACGAUUCAUGGAUGGUAUGCAAGACAUCAUUGUGGAGACCUUCGACGGAGACACAGCCAUGUCAGAUCGUGAUUAUAUCCGCGACGAAGGCAGGAUCAUUUUCACUAACCCAGAUAUGCUACAUCUUACAAUCUUGCCCCAAGAAGAAGCAUGGCGUACAUUUCUACAGAACCUUCGGUUUGUUGUUGUUGAUGAACUGCACGUUUACAACGGUCUCUUCGGAGCUCAUGUUGCUAUGAUCAUGCGACGACUACGCAGGAUAUGCGCCGCAUUGGGUAACCGACACGUUAAGUUCAUCUCUUGUUCAGCAACAGUUGCAAAUCCGGAAACCCACAUGAAGACUAUCUUCGGCGUCGACGCAGUCAAACUAACAGACUUUGAUGGCUCACCAUCUGGCAGGAAGGAGUUCUUGUGCUGGAACACACCAUUCAAAGACCCAGGAGAUCCCACAUCAGGGAGAGGCGAUUGUAAUGCAGAGACUGCGAAGCUGUUUUGCCAACUGGUCCUGAGAGGAGUGAGAGUCAUCGCCUUUUGUCGAGUUCGAAAGCAGUGCGAGGCGCUACAGGCUGCAAUAAAGACAGAGUUGGCAAAUCUAGACCGGACAGAAGUCAUUGGACGCGUAAUGUCUUACAGAGGUGGCUAUACCCCACAAGAUCGGCGGCAAAUUGAGCGAGAAAUGUUUGACGGAAAGCUACUUGGUAUAGUUGCAACCACUGCGCUCGAGCUGGGUGUAGACAUCGGAUCGUUGGACUGUGUGCUCACGGUCGGAUUUCCUUACACCAUUGCGAACCUGCGUCAGCAAAGCGGACGUGCGGGAAGACGAAACAAAGAUUCUCUGUCAGUGCUGGUCGGUGACUGCUUCCCGACAGAUCAAUAUUACAUGCAGAACCCAGAUGAAAUAUUCACGAAACCGAACUGCGAACUCCAGGUCGAUCUAGAGAAUAUGUUGGUGCUCGAAGGGCACGUCCAGUGUGCCGCUCACGAGAUGCCUGUCAAUGUCGCAGCGGACACGGCGUAUUUCGGCCCCUUGCUAAACCAGAUUGCAAAGGAACGCAUGCGUAAAGAUGCUAACGGGUUCUAUCAUUGUAAUGAACGCUUCUUGCCGCAGCCAUCCCGCUCGGUUGCCAUUCGAGACACUGAGGAUACACACUUCGCCAUCAUCGAUGUCACACAUGGAAAAAACACGGUCUUGGAAGAGCUUGAAGCUUCACGAGCCUUCUUUACAAUUUACGAUGGCGGAAUUUUUCUGCACCAAGGCAAUACAUACUUGGUCAAGGAGUUUAGUCAGGAGCGCAUGAUUGCAAAGGUUGAAUAUGUCAAGGUCGAUUGGACCACACAGCAGCGGGACUACACAGACAUCGACCCUGUUGAGACUGAGGCCAUACGGCGCAUUCCCGGUUCCCGAUCAAAGGCUUUCUUCGGUCCUAUUAAAAUCCAACAGGUGGUUUACGGUUUCUUCAAGAUUGACAAAAAGCGUCGUAUCCUUGAUGCUGUCCAGGUGGACAACCCGCCAAUCAUCCUCUUCUCGAAAGGGAUGUGGUUGGACGUUCCGAAAUCAGCUAUGGAUAUCCUCAAAUCUCGCAGACUUAAUAUCGCCGCAGGCAUCCAUGCAGCCGAACACUCUGUUCUUUCUUUAAUGCCCAACUACGUCAUUAGUAUGCCUGGCGACGUACGCACGGAAUGCAAGUUCGCCAUAAAGGAGUUCGCAAAGAAAGAAACACAACGUAAGCGCCCUGCGCGAAUGACAUUCUAUGACGCAAAGGGUGGCGCAAGUGGGAGCGGCAUCUCCACGAAAGCCUUCGAGCACGUCGAUGCGCUACUUGCGCAGGCAUGUAAACGCCUUCAAACAUGUCAUUGCUUAGAAGGUUGUCUUGAGUGUUGCAACGACGACCGGUGCAAACACGCUAAUCAGGUCAUGAGCAAGGCCGGGGCUAUGGUCAUCAUAAUGUGCUUGCUAGGCCGAGAAAAGGACAUCGAUAUUGACGCGCUGCCCUGGGGCGAAGAGGAUACAGUGCAAGCAGGGAUCGAGACCGUCGUGGAGGCAGAAACGGUCAAAAUGGCGAGAGGGAAGAUGGUGGAUGGUGUACUAAUAAAGGAGGAGGACGACGAAGAUCAUUUUGCGCGGAGUGUGCAUAUGUUUGGGGGUGAGAGGACGUACAUCGGCGUCCAUAAACAGCAGCCAGUCCUGGGUCAACCGGGCAAAUCAUACGGCUCAUGGGCAUGAUAAUCGUACAAGCAAUACUAUACGGCACGAUGGAGCCGCUCUUUGCUCCGCUUCCUGUUUCUGUCUGGUGACAGAGGACAUGGCCAGAAACGUGCUACUACGGCACGCCGUACGCUGGUCGAUCCCUGUCGCGCCUGGGUAGGGUGAUGGUAGGGAAGGUGAUGAUUG